AGCUUUCAUUGAGAGUGGCUGCAAGCAGUGUCCUUUCGUCUGUCUGUUGCGCGAGUUGGAGCCGUUUGUGCAAUACGUGUACUUUCGCCCCAACUGGCUUUAAAAAAAAAUAAAACUUCGUGCAAUGUUUUGAUUGCGGUUCUAAAACAAAUGCAUAUUUCUGGCCGCAUCAGCUAUUACCGCCGUGCGAUUUAAAGUCGUGGUUAUAAUAAUCUACAAUUAUGCUUAACUACUGAAGUAGUCUGCUGCUUUCGGAUUGGCUCGGUGAUAUUCGCAACAUUACAUGUGCGCGUGUACUGUGCAUAGCGAGGUUUUUUUUGUUUAACCUAUUCAAUUGCCUCCUGUGGAAGUGUUGGUGCGAGCGAGAUGGCGACUUUCACGCGGUUGCUCCUGUUAAGUGUUCUCUUGCUCUGAACAAUGCACAGUCGGGCAGGACACCGACUGCCGUCACCUGGCCACUGGCCAUCAAACCGUCGCUACGAAUAGCAAUCCGUUUUGGAUGAAUGCAGUCCCCCCGAGAUACGAACGUCCGACUUACGAACACCCGCACUUACACUAACGAAGCGACGCCGUAGGACGCUAAUUUUUUUUUGACCAUCCGACUUGCGAACGCUCGGUCGCGCUCACGAACGGAACCGUUCGAACUAUUUUGUUCGGAGGAGCGAGGUGUAAUGAGUCCCAGAAUCUCCCGUGAUGCACGCCUGCUUCUGACAAGCAAGCCAGCAUCAAUACUUAAGCCACUGCUGCUUCCUCCUGCUCCUCCCCACUCCUUUCUUUCCAGAGGGGAGUGAGAAGGAGAGAAAGAAAAAGCUUCCUUGGGGUAAAGUGGGCGUUUCUUAUUCAUAUUAAUGUCAUUUGUAACUGGGCUGGCCAACCCCCUAUAACAUUUGCCAUUCACCCACAUCUGCGUCGGGAUCUGGCCAUCCAUCCCAAGGCUCCCAACAACACCACCGUUCAAACUUCCACGGCCACUGCUGACGGUCACGUCGCCAUCAGUCGGAGGAGCUGCUUGGUCCCCUGCGUGACCUGUCGCUCGUUUUGCUGAGCGAGAAACAAAACGAGGCCAGCUCCAGCGGCUGCCACGGCACCAUCAGGCGUAAGCGUCGGGAAAUCUGCCGACCGACCGUGAUAGCUUCUUCGUCGGCUCAAGACAACCUGCUUGGAUUACGUCCGCAUUUUUCAUCGUCCGUGGUGCUUAGUGCCCGCUCCAGUUAACCAAAGUGCCACUCGACGCUCCUUCCCCCCGGUUUAACGACUUGGCGCCCACUGAGCAACAGGAAUUAGGAUUAUACACAAAUCUAAUCUUCCAGGUUGCCAUUGCAGGCAGCCUUUGCCAAUCUUCCACACGACGACGAGCCGGCCCUUCGGUGUUUUUUUUUUUCCUGGAGCCCUGCAGAUGCGAAGUCAAACAUCUCCGUUUACUUUUCCAUUCCAGCUUUUCGGUUAAUGUCGACAUUAGAAUCACAUUUUUUUCGCGGAAAUUCGAAUCCCUUCGUACGUGCGAAACUAAAUCAAGGCCCUCGGCGGAGGAGGUGGAGAGAUGGCCCUCAAGAGCGAGGAUGCGGGGACGAACCGCGCGAAGAUGGUCUCGGAUGAAAAUCUCUUCACGGCUUUUCUCGAGGAAGCCCGCGCCCCGAAGCGGCCCUCUGCGCGGCGCAGGGCCACCAUGCCGUCCGGGCGGCUCACUUCGCCCACGGACGCGGAGGACGAAGACCCCGGCCGGGAGGCCGCGUCCGACAGCGGCUUCGACACGAGGGCCUCGGGGAAGACGCCUGGAGCUCUGUCCCCUCCGCGGUACUCCAGGCACUUCCUGUCCGACAACAGCAUUUUUCACGUGGAGAAGUCUCUGACGGCGAUGCAGUCGGGGACGCAGAUGAUCAAGCUCAAAGGGGGCCCGAAGGGCCUUCCCCGCCUCUAUUACCUGGACGAGCAGCGCAGCUGCAUCCGUUGGAGGCCUUCGAGGAAACAGGAGAAAGCAAAAAUCGCCAUCGACUCCGUGCGGGAGGUGUGCGAGGGCCGCCACUCGGAGAUCUUCCAGCGCUACCCGGAGGGCUCCUUCGACCCGGCGUGCUGCCUCUGCAUCUACCACGGCUCGCACACCGAGUGGCUGGCCGUGGUGACGGGCAGCGCCGACGAGGCUCGCAGCUGGCUCACGGGCCUGCGCUACCUCAUGGCCGGCAUCAACGACGAGGACUGCCUGGCCAAGCGGCAGCGCACGCGCGACCAGUGGCUGAAGCAGACCUUCAUGGAGGCCGACAAGAACGGCGACGGAUCUCUGAGCAUCGACGAAGUCCUGCUUCUCAUGCACAAGCUCAAUGUUAACCUUCCCCGCAGGAAGGUUAAGCAAAUGUUCCAGGAGGCCGACACAGACACCGACAAGGGAACGCUGACCUUUGAGGAGUUCUGCGCCCUUUACCAGAAGAUGUCCACCCGCCGUGACCUCUACCUGAUCCUGCUGCGCUACAGCAACCGCAAGGACCACCUGACGGUCGAUGAGCUUCAGCGGUUCCUGCAGAUAGAGCAACAGAUGACGGAUGUGAGCAGGGAGCACUGCGUGGACGUCGUCAACAUGUUCGAGCCGUGCGAGGAGAACAAGCAGCAAGGCAUUCUGGGAAUUGACGGUUUCACAAACUACAUGCGCAGUCCGGAGGGAGAUAUCUUCAACAUGGAGCACUACAAGGUGAACCAGGACAUGAUGCAGCCGCUGUCUCACUACUUCAUCGCUUCGUCCCACAACACGUACCUGACCGGCGACCAGCUCAUGUCGCACUCCCGGGCCGACAUGUACGCCUGGGUGCUACAGGCCGGCUGCCGCUGUGUGGAAGUGGACUGCUGGGACGGACCGGAUGGAGAGCCCAUUGUCUACCAUGGCCACACGCUCACGUCAAAAAUCCUCUUCCGCGAUGUCAUCGAGAUCAUCAACAAGUAUGCCUUCGUCAAGUCACAGUUCCCGGUGAUCCUGUCCAUAGAGAACCACUGCAGCGUGCCGCAGCAGAAGAAGAUGGCCGAGUGCAUGCGCGAGAUCCUGGCCGACAAGCUCGACCUGUCGCGCGUGGCGGACGGUGACCCCAGCCGGCUGCCUUCUCCACAGAGCCUCGUGGGGAAAAUCCUCGUCAAGGGCAAGAAGCUGCCGGCGAACAUCAGCGACGACGCGGAGGAGGGAGACGUUUCGGACGAGGACAGCGCUGAUGAGAUCGAGGAGGCGUGCAAGCUCAUCAACGGAGACGUUAAGAACAGCAGCCCCCACCGCAAGCUGGUGGAGUCGUUCGCCAAGAGGCGCCUCGAGUUCAUGAAGAAGGAGUCGAAGCUGAGGAGCCACGAGGAGGAGGUUGAGGAAUUCACCAUCGGAGCCCUGCCACGUGCCACCAAGCCCGCCAUCUGCCUCCAGCAAGAGCAGCUGCCGAAGUCGGAGGGAACAGAGGUAACGGAGGAGUUUGCCGUGAGAAAGAGACGCUCCAUCAUCCGAGCAUUUCAAAAGGAAAAGAAACGGAACGUGAAGCCAAAGGUCGCUGCAGACGAGGCCGAGCAAGAGAAUGGCACUCAGUCGGACUGCGCCCGACUCAAUGGGCAGGAGAGCCGGGGCAGCGGUUCGCAUCGCGCCUCCCCUCGCCGCGGUCCGGGCAAAACCAUGAAGCUGUCGCGAGCGCUGUCCGACCUGGUGCAGUACACGCGCUCCGUCGCCGUGAACGACGUCGAUCACGACGCGGUGGCAAGCAGCUGGCAAGUGUCGUCCUUCAGUGAGAACAAGGCGAGCCAAAUGCUGCAGCAGAAAUCGCAGGCGUUCCUUGCCUUCAACCAGCGGCAACUCUCGCGCAUCUACCCUUCCUCCUACCGCGUCGACUCCAGCAAUUUCAACCCGCAGCCCUACUGGAACGUGGGCUGCCAGAUGGUGGCUCUGAACUAUCAGACAAGUGGACGGGUCAUGGAGAUGAACAGGGCUCGUUUCAUGGACAAUGGCAACUGCGGCUACGUCCUCAAGCCGGACUGCAUUUUCGAUGGAACCUUCCGCCCGUUCUCAGAAGACCCCUUGCCAGGCUACCCCAAGACCCAGCUCAUCGUGAAGGUGAUCAGCGGGCAGCAACUCCCAAAGCCCCCAGACUCCAUGCUCGGCGACAGAGGAGAGAUCAUUGAUCCAUUUGUGGAGGUGGAGAUCAUUGGGCUGCCGGUUGACUGCUGCAAGGAACAGACUCGAGUCAUAGACGACAACGGCUUCAACCCCGUGUGGGACGAGACUCUGGUGUUCACGCUGCACAUGCCGGAGAUGGCGCUCAUCCGCUUCCUCGUGUGGGACCACGACCCCAUCGGCCGAGACUUCAUCGGGCAGCGCACCAUCUCCUUCAACGGCAUGAUGCCCGGUUAUCGCCACGUGUACUUGGAGGGAGUAGCGGAGGCUUCGGUCUUUGUGCACGUGGUCAUCAAGGAGUUCUCUGGAAAGAUCAAACAAGUCGGUGGUCUCAAGAGCCUCUUUUCGAGAAGCGUCAAGCACGGCUCGCUGGACAGCCGCACGUCCUACUUCUCUCGGCGCCGCUCGCUCGGCAAGGACUUCCUCCGGCGCACGUCCAGCGUCCCCGCCAAGGGCCGCAGGAAGAACAAGUCCAUGUCGCUGCUGGUGACCUCGGAGAAGGAGGGCGAGGACGCGGAGCGGCCGGCGUGCGGCUCGGCUGCCGCCGGCGCCCUCGGGAACCCCGGCGAGGCUCCCGCGGCCGACGGGACGACGGCGACCGCGGCGCCGGUGACCUCAGCCCCGUCGGCAAGGGGGCCGUCGCGGCGUGACGGCGCCGCGGAGGAGGAGGAGGAGGAGGAGGUCGACGGCGGCGAGCGUGACGCUAGCUCCCGCGGGGCGCAGGCGGACAGCGAGGGCUGCCGCGAGGGAGCAGGUGGAAUUGGUUCUGCAUGCCCCAACUCUGCUCCAGACAACCGUGCACACUCCAACGACCUUCGCUCGAGCACUCCCCCACGUCCUCUUCUUCUCCACAUGAUCAACCGUGCGUCUCUCCAGAGGGCAUCUUCUCAAAAAUCUCAGAGCAGUGACCCUCCGUCGCCGACCUGCGGGGCCAACCCCGAUGCGAGCCUGGCGGCAGGCGGCCCCACAUCCCGGCCGGACGCACGACAUUACGCAAGCCACCCACUGCUCAGCCAACACGCUUCCUUAGAGUCCCAGGACAGAGAUCUGUCGGCGGCUUCGGACAGCGCCGAUUCCGUCAACGGCUUCGACGGGGACAUCAGCACGAGCUCGGAGUCGUCUUCCGACGAGACCCUGGCGAAGCGCGCCGAGCGAGUCCCGGGCUCGCAAGACCACGGUCUCGUUACCGAAGAGGUGACUCGGAGAGCAGGACACUGUCAAGAUCCCUUAGACAAGAGCAUGAAGAGGAGCUCCAUUGAGCCGUCGCCAAUGUUUUCGGUGAACGUCACUGCCAAUGACAAGCUGUGGAGACCGCUGGACGGCAAGAGCGUGCGCGACAGCGUGGCAUCCGCGUCGAGUGUCUCAUCGGCCGACACGGUCAUUGACGCCUUUUCGUAUGAAGGCCGCUCGUCAAUUGCAAUGCUGAAGAAGAAGCACCUGGAAAAUGUGUUCCUCAGAGGGGACACGGUGGGCCCAGAUGCCCGUUGUGUUCCCAGUGGAUUUCCCGGAGCAAAUGAGUUGGUGUCUCCCCCAGCGUCGUCUCGCCUGAACGAACAAAUGGCAGUGGACAGUCGAGUGGGUGAGGGUGUGAAAAACGACGUAGACAUUGGAAAUCAAACAAAACUGGAAGCUGCUCGAUCGGACUUCACUGCAAAGCUAAAUCCGGAUGUAAAUGGCAUGUCGAAUAAUCAAAAUAACAACCACAUAAAUGUAGGAAAUGAAGACAAUUCAUCAUCAGCUCUUGGCUCUAAUGAAGGAAAGGUGCCUUUCGGUGUUGUCCAGCUUCGACAGAAGAAGUCCACAAUGCCUGAUUCACAAGGCCAAAUAGAAGGCAACGUGCCACACUUUCGUUUUCCAUCAGAAAAGCCAAAAAAUGAUUUGGAGAGGCCGUGCGAUAACAGGCAAUCACUUUCAAGCUUUGAGAGAGUAGCAAUGUUGAAAAGGGAGUUUAUGGGCAUCUUGGGACACCAGUGGAACGACGAAGUAGAUUCGGGAAAUAGACCGAAUGAUCAAUAUACUCAAGUUACACCUGCUAUGGAAACAUCCUCUGCAUUGCCAAAUGGAAAUGAACCUUUUAAAAGGUCCAUGUCUUAUGAUGUCGCAUACUUCAGCCCGGACUCGGCUGCGGUGAUGCGUAAAGACAAACUUAACGGACCACCUGUCAGCGCAACAACCGUAUUCACAGGGCACCCUGCCGUCUUCGGGGGAGCAGAAGAGAUUCCACCAUCCACCAACGGCGAGACGUCUGGGCCGGACCCCUGCGGCGGAACGCGAGUGCGGGAGAUGAGCGCGGACGGCGAUGCGAUCGGCGGGGACCAGGAGCCGUCGCCCGACAGUGGCGUGCUGCUCAGGACGCUGUCGCUCGAUCCGGCCACGUCGAUGAGCGCAGGCAAGAGGGCGGCCGCCGGCGCUCACGGUCGCCGCCCGCGCUGCGACACGGCGACGGCCGCCCGCCCGUCAUGGAACAGGCUGUGCAUGCAGACGCUCGUGCAGUCGAGCAAGGCGGCGGCCGAGGUGAACGCCCCACCGGGCGACAGCGUCGCAGCCAAGUCCAAGAGCCUGGGGGACCUGACGUCGGACGACAUCGUGAGCAACUUCCAGAGCAAGUACAAGAGCAUCUGCCGCAGCUUUAUCACAAAGUCGAUGCGCGACCAGCGCAGGAUGGUGGCGCUCGGGCGCCUUCCGAGCCAACCACAGAACCCGCUGACCGAGCAGAUUAUUCAGCUCGCGACGCUGACUCAGGACGAGGUUCCCGAGUACACAUCGUCGCCCCCCCACCGUGCGUCUGAAGGCUCGACCUCUCCCAGGUUGAGGUCGCCCGGGACGCGGAACCUCGGCCCCACCGCCAUGAGAGAGAGGUCCUACUCAUACGGUCCCGCGUUCUCUGGCUCCCGGUCGAGGAGCAUCAGCGACGGCAGCUCCCUCCACCGCAGAACGACCAUGCCGGUGAAUCUCUUGAGAAGCGUCUCCACGGAGCAGCAGGGCGCUUCGGGCCCACAGAGGAGGCUGCUGAGCGGACAGCCGCCAAGCGGCGGCCUCAAGCGGAGUCAGUUUGCGCAGAGGUAUCCGGCGUCGAGCUACGGCCUGUUCAGGCACUCGGUGGGCUCGUUGGAUGGCAUUAAUGUCAACCCGCUGCUGACGGAGCGGCGGGAGGCACCGGACGGAGCCUGCUCGACGCUCACCAAGACCCGCUUCAUGGAGGAGCCCUCGGUGGUCGGGAAGGCGCCGUCCUACUCCGAGCCGAACCUCAGCGAGGAACCAGAGGUCUUCUUCAUGCUCAAUCUGUAGCGGGGCCGUGCGGUCGGGAGUGUGCAUGCGGGUGUGGCGGCACGUGAAAUGAAUGCAUCACGCGCAUGAAAAUUAGCGGCGAGUCGCGGGUGUCCUAGUUUAGGCUGAGGCUAGAAUUGGAUUUUUUGUUUUCUAAUUUUAGUGCAAAUGAAUUGCAAAAAAAAAAGGGGGCGGCAUUGUAAUAUUUUUUUUUUACUAAUAUAAAGUAGUCAUUGGUAGAGUAUAUGCAUAUAAAUCGUACAUUUGUAUAGUGUAUUUGCAGUAUGUUUUAAAUACAAAAUCCCGACAUUGAACAUCGUUAUCUACUGGAACCUGUUUAAUAGCAUGCUAUUUAAGCAGAUAUAACUUUAGAGUUAAAUUAAUCCCACACUGUUAAAAACAUAGUAUUUUUAGUAUAAUUCGGGAGCGAUGCUACGUUAUCUUCACUUCCUAUAAAUGUGUACAUUUAGGGCUGGACCAUUUCUUUAUAUAAAUUGUAAUAUAUGCUGAUACCCAAAUGGGCAUUGACACUAACUUGUAGAGCUAUCCAUCCCGUUUUUAAGUGUCCCCCAAGUAAGUAGUCUUUGCACAAGUGCUGUAGUUUUCAGAGUAGCGGAAUGUGUGAUGCGUACAACAGAGCAGAGAACACACGUGCCCCAGCAUGUGUGGCGGUACUUCCAAUUGGUUUUCCAAGGCAUUUAAUCGAUAUUAUUACGGAGAACGGCGAUUGUUCGCAGCCAGCGCUACCACCCUUUACUGCACGACAGUGCCUUCAUACAGCCAACCAGUCAAUCACUUACACCCCAAUGCAUAGCUUUCAUUUCUUUAUAUGCAAACACAUGUUGCUGUAUCCCUCAUCUUAAUAUAUACACAAGUGUGUGUGCAUAUACGAAAAGUGUAUCUGCAUAUACAUGCAUGCGUGUAUGUAUACAGUGAGGGAAAAAAAGUAUUUGAUCCCCUGCUGAUUUUGUACGUUUGCCCACUGACAAAGAAAUGAUCAGUCUAUAAUUUUAAUGGUAGGGUUAUUUGAACAGUGAGAGACAGAA